UUACCUCUCCGCUCUGCAGGGAUAACGCAGAGGGGACCUUCAGUCCUGGUUCCCACGGCCAGACAUUAUUAUUUCCGUUUCUAGUCGAGAAUCAGCACCGACCAUGGAGUACCGGAUGGUGAUUAUGUACGUGGAGAUCGGCUGCUUUGUAACCUGCCUGUGUGGCUGGAUCCUGGUGUGCUCCACUCUUCCCACAGAGUACUGGACGUUCUCUGAGGUGAGCAGGAUCGUGCUGACAACCGCCAACUACUACUCCAACCUGUGGAGAGACUGCAUCUCGGACACGACGGGAGUUUCCGACUGCAAGGACUACCCGUCCAUGCUGGCCCUGCCUGUGUACCUGCACGCGCUCAGAGCACUGGCGGUCUCCGCCGUGAUCACAGGAUUCUUUGGAGGCGUCCUCACGCUGAUCGGGAUGAAAUGCACGAAAAUUGGUGGGACAGAGAUCAUCAACGCAAGGGUGACGUUUUCUGGUGGUAUAACCUACUUAGUUUCAGGUUUCUGUGGGAUGAUAACAUACUCCUGGUGGGCUAACAGAGUCGUAACAGAGUUUGUGGAUCCGAACUUCAAGGCCCAGAAAUUUGAACUGGGUGCUGCUGUUUUCAUUGGCUGGGGAGGAUCCAUCCUGCUCAUUAGUGGGGGAACGGUGCUCACUUACUUCUCUGGAAAAGAAGGUCUACUAAAAAGUUCAUCAAAAGGCCCACGGAGGCCGGCUUCUUAUGCUACCGUCCGCACCAGACGGAUGUAUAUGCAGCCGCCGUCGUCCAGAGUGACGCUGGUGCCGCCGCUGUAUUAUUCAGAUGGGAGGAGUCAAACAACCAGAGGGACAAGAAGAACCAUUCCCAUCGAGAACCGGGACACCUUCGUAUGAGCUAAAAACUCAAAAACAGAGUGACUGAGCGGAUUCUGUGGAUUCAUAGAGCCGUCUGUUUGAAGAAGUUACACGUUUUAAGAGUUUAAAGAGAAAUACAAUUUCUACUUUCUGGAUAAAAUGCUAGUUUCUACAGGAAACGUUUGAUGAAAUAUUGAGUGCUUCCUAAAAGUCUAAACUGUUUCCUACAGAAAACACGCUUCUGGUAAACCACCAUGUAUUCUGUACAGAAGUCUCAAGUUUAGCAUUUACGAGUCGCACUAGAUUAAAUUAUACUUUAAUUUAAUCCGUUUGCUUUAAUUAUUAAAGUAUUCUUCAUUCCUAAUUUCAUUGCCCACUCCAUAGAUUCUUUUGUUUUUGCAGCCUUUCUUCUGCUUGUUUUGUCUUUUAAAUGGGGUUUAAAUUUGGAUGUCUAAUUUUCUACAUAGAAUAAACUUAUGUGAUGUGCAAUUGUAAGCUACUUGGUGGCAAGUCAGAACUGACCAACACUGAGGAAACUCGACUCAUUUGAUUUCUCAUGAGGGCGUGUGUUGUAUUCAUAUUUGUUUUGUAAAUAAAGUUUUUUUAUGCUGGAAAAA